CAUACUUUGACUUCCCACAAUUCAGUGCGCUUAGAAAGUCUUUCGAGAGGACGUUACUAUAAGGGCACCGCAAAAGACCCAUUAUCUGCGACUGAAGAUGGCUGAUGUUAUUGAGGACAAGAUCAAGAACUACAGAACGGCUCCAUUCGAUGCCCGUUUUCCAAACACUAACCAGACGCGAAACUGUUUCCAAAAUUACCUAGACUUUCACAGGUGUAAUAAGGCUUUGUCAAGCAAAGGGCAGGAAACGGCUCCCUGCGACUGGUAUCAGAGAGUCUACAAGAGCCUGUGUCCAAUGAGCUGGGUGGAGAAAUGGGAUGGACAGAUUGAGGAUGGAAGCUUCCCUGGAAAGAUCUAAAUGUUCGCUGUUACCUUAAAUUCAUGAACUCCCCACCUUUUUGUAGAGUACCUCAUAAUAUAUGAUCCUAUUUUGAUGUCGUCUUUUGCCCGCUGGAGGAUGAAAGGUCAUUCAGAGUGCACCUCCGAAUCAUGUGACCUUUUGUCCUUUAGCAUUUUGAGGUCCUACAUAAGCAUCAGCUUUGUCGCUCUACAACUUACUGUUAAAAAUUACAAAAUAAAAUCGCACAAUUCCAAUUGA